UAACGUACCACCGAAACAAACCCCAUUCCAUCUUUUCUCUCUUUCUCUGUCCAAAUUUAACAAUCAACAAUGGCGCUAACGAUUUUACCAUAACCAAUGGCGGAACAACAUUACCAUCAGGUCCAUCACCAGCAACAACAACAACAACAACAAUCCCAAUCCCAAUCAACAGCAAGAAACCGUCAACAACACCAGCAGCACCAUCAUAAGCAUUCUAUGAUGUCGCAACUUCAGCCGCAGCCGCAGCAGCAGCAACAAUCAGAGAGUGAUAGGAGCAGCGUUGAAUUGCGGGCUGUCGAUUGUAAUCUUGCCUCUUUGUGUGAUCACAUUCAAUUGGAGGGUUUUAACAAUGGCGUCUUCUCCGAUAUUGUUGUUCAUGCUAUGGGCUCCACUUAUAACCUUCAUCGCUUGAUUCUUUCUCGUAGCUCUUAUUUCAGGAACAUGCUUCAUGGUCCUUGGAAAGAAGCCUCCGCCCCUGUCUUAAGUCUGCAGAUAGAUGAUAAAAAUGUUAAUGCGGAGGCCAUUGCUCUAUCACUGUCAUACCUUUAUGGGCAUCAUCCUGAGCUUAAUGAUAAUAAUGCAUUCCGAGUUCUUGCUGCAGCAUCCUUUCUUGAUCUCCAGGAACUGUGUGCUAUUUGUACUGACUUUAUCAUCGCUGAGCUGUGGACAUCAAAUUUCUUGGCCUAUCAGGUAUUUGCUGAACAUCAAGAUUAUGGUAUCCAUGGGGAAAGAGUAAGAAAUGCUUGCUGGGGCUAUCUUUAUCAGAGUGGUUUCAUGGAAUUGAAAGAGGUUCUACCAUAUCUUUCAUCCCAAACACUGCACGCACUACUGACCUCAAAUGAACUCUGGGUACCUAGUGAAGAGAAACGCUUUGAAUUGGCAUUGUAUACAUUGCUAAAAAAAAGCGCUUUAAACAAGGCUGAAACCGAAGAAAAGCAGAGUGUAAAUCUUGAGACUGGGGUCGCAAAUCAACAUGUCUGGUCUCAUUUCAAAGUAAAAAAUAAUAUUAUUGAUGCCUGCUGUAGUAGACAUUUGGAAGCUGAUACGGGACAUGCGCAUCAAGUUGCUUGCAUUGAGCCAAAUACGGGAGCUGAAUAUCCUAGCAACUUAGAACAACCUUCGCUUGUUACCUACUACUCUGAUUCAGAUAGAAGUAGGUCCUCUUCUUCUUAUGUCAGAAUGCCGCUUAGUUUUCCAGCCAAUGGACAAGGAAUUGAUGGUGCACUUUUGGAAGGACCAUCUGAAGAAAGCUUAUGCUGCCACUUUAGAAAUUCUAAUUGGCUGUCCGGAAAUGAUUCAAGGGAAUGCUCCUCAUCAUCAAUAAACUCUUCCUGCAAUGAGACCGUGCCUGAUGAAUGGAGCAGAAAUGAUUUGGCUUUUCCAUGGGGUGGCAGGACUGUUGGAAGGAGGCAGGUAAAGAGCUGCGGUAAAGGGAACUGUGGGUUGAAAGGAGAAGAAUACAAUACAUUCAUCAACAUUUUUGAAGAGGGUUCAGUUCUGUACUGCAAUAUGUCUUUUGAGGCCCUAUUAGAUGUGAGAAAGCAGCUCGAAGAAUUAGGUUUCCCUGGCAAGGCAGUCAAUGACGGUCUUUGGCUGCAGAUGCUUCUCAGUCAGAGGGUGCAAGAAAUUGCUGUUGAAACAUGCAAAAAUUGCUGUCUUCUAGGUAUGGCAUGUGCAUGCAAACAGCCAUUCACCUUUUCACAUAGUGCUGGAACCACAGGCUACUAUGUCCAAGCUCCUGAUCAGCAUAAUCCAUCUGGCAAUAUUGGUGAUUUGUAUGUUGCUGGUCCUGCUAAUGGUGAAGGUAAUGGUUUAUUUAGACCAGUAAGAGUACAUGUUAGGGGUUCAAAUGAUGGACUUGCUGGUAUCGGACGUGGAGCUACACUGGUUCCUGCUUCCACUUGGUGUCCAACUCGAUUUGUAUUUUCCCGUGUACCCUUUGGUGUAGGCAAUCGAAAUGGGCAACAAUCUCUUGCUAAUGAUGAUCUAGAACUGAGACCUGACCAACAUGGUGACAUGUCUGGAGAUGGGCUAACUGCUUUGGUUGGACUGAGUGAUGGGGGAAGAAAUGUUGUCAACGUUCAUGGAGGGCAGAUAGAGAGACCUUAUGAGAUGGAUCUAAGAAAUGGCUUCAGUGGAACCUCUGCUGCUGGGCCUAGUGGUAGUGGGGUUCAGAUGGGAGAGUCUUCAGACCAAGAUAUUGACAGUCAAUGGGAGAACACAAGCAAUGCUUCUAUAUCAUUAGAUUUGAAGACACCUCUUAGUCACUUCCCACCAUUUCGCUUUGGGGUAGAAUUUGCAGAUGUGCAUCGACUUAACGAUGGUCAGGUUAAGCACUCACCAGAAGCAUUUUAUGCUGGUUCAUUUUGGAAGAUAAGUGUUCAAGCUUUUAACGAUGAAGACCCUCAAGGGCGUAGGACACUCGGCUUAUUUAUUCAUCGCCGGAAGGCUGAAAUAAUGGAUCCUCAAAGGAAGGUGCAUAUGUAUGUGGACUCUCGUGAAAAAGUUACAGCUCGUUAUCAGUUAAUCUGUCCAUCGAAGCGAGAAGUUAUGGUGUUUGGAAGCUUCAAACAAGCAGGUACCCUUCUACCGAAAGCUCCAAAAGGCUGGGGCUGGCGCAGUGCUAUACUCUUUGAUGAGCUUCCUGAUCUUCUUCAAAAUGGGUGCUUUAGGGUUUCUGCCGUUAUACAGCUUGUAUAGAUGUCAAUUCUUCUUUUUGCUAUAGGUUAUACCGUUCUAGACUUAUAUAGUUACUUACCAUCAAUGUUAUACUGCUUAUACGGACUAGAGUACAACCAAACAUUCACAAACAUUACUUAGGUUGUUUCUAUUUCAGGAAUUAACCAAGUUUUUUUUUUUUUUUUUUUUAAAAAAAAAGUGAAAAAGAAUGUGAUAUAAUUAAGCUUGUACUCUACUUGUUCACAUCAAUUAAUUUACGAACUAUUAAUUUUAUA